AUGGGCUUUCUCUUUUCGAGAUUGAUCAGAAAUAUUGUCAUCGCCUACGUUAUAUUCAGUGGUGUUCAGUAUUUGCUUCGAUCAAAGUCCUACAGCAUUUCACCUAAAGAAUUCCGCAAUAUUGCAAGCAAAGCACAAGGCUCCGACAAUGUGGCUUCUGCUGUGAGUCGUAUUUCAACCGAUUUGCGCCGUGCUUACGGUCCAGUCAUCGCUGCGGAAACAUCUUGGCAAGCACUCAACUUGGGUCAUUUACCGCUGAAAGCGCUAUUCCUUCAUGCGUCCAUCACAGAAUUUAUUGCCAUCAUUGGCACGCCUUACCCAGUAUCGGGACGAGUCGGUAUGCACUGGUCGAAUAGCACUUGUACGGUUUUGACUGGAUCCGUGGGCCGUAUAACGGAUCUAGGCCAUAUGCCAAGCAAGGAAACUUUCAGUGCAGGAGGCAACUUCCGCCAUGGACAGUUUGAGUCUCAUAUUUACAAUUUUGGUCAAGACACAUACGUAGUUUGUUAUGGCCGUGGUCUCAUGCCUGUUUCUGGUCUUUGGGCUGCAACUGGUGCCCUCUCACAUGGUGAACCACUUUCGUUUGGUCGUCUGAUGUACACAUACGGUCACGAAGCAUUCAACCAGUUAAGUUUGUCACUUACCAACACUUUCAACUACUACAAAGCGAAAGCGACGGGAAAAACGGAAUUGUGA